AUGAAUCCCAUCUUGAUAAAUAAACAUGAAAAGUUUUUCAAUAGAUGUUUGUUAGGACUUCCUGCAUCUGCCCAAUCCGAGGAUUCAAAUAAAUUGGCAAUUAUUUAUUUUUGUCUACAUGGAUUACUGUUGAUCAACAAGUUCAAUUUCAGUGACGUGGAAUUGCAAUACCAUAGAGAUUUCGUAUACAACCAAUUCAUGAUAGAAACAGACGAGAUAGUAGCAUUUAGAUCCACUCAUUAUUUCAAAAACAUAACCAAUUAUGAUUUGCCAAAUUUAUCAUCCACUUUAUUUGCAUUAUACUGUUUGUUAGUUUUAAAGUCCCCAUAUCAUCAGAAAAUAAACCGACGUAAAUUAUUAAACUUUCUAGUUAAAUGCCAAGUUAAAGAAGGGGUUAAUAAAGGCGGGUUUGUACCUACACUUCAUUAUGAAGAUGGAGAAUAUAAACAGUUUGGAGACCCUGAUCUUAGAGUUUGUUAUAUGGCAUUAUUAAUUAGAUACUUGGUGAAAUGUCACGAUGAUAACAGAGAAGAUAUAGAUAUUGACUUGGAUUCCUUGUUAAAAUUUAUUCUUGAUAGACAUAACCCAAAUGGUGGGUUUAGUUCCACGAUUUUAGACGAAUCCCAUGUUGGCUUCACUUUCUGUGCUAUUGCAGCCUUGAAAUUACUUGAAUAUCCUUUGGAAAAUCUAAAAUGGACCAAAGAGUGGUUGAUCCAAAGACAAGUUGACUAUCCUGAAUGUUUAUAUGGAGAUAUGAGUUACAAAUACUAUAGAAAUGAAGAUAUUGGUGGUUUCAAUGGUAGAGAAAAUAAACUAAGUGAUACUUGUUAUUCUUGGUGGUGCACGGGAAGUUUAUAUAUAAUGGAUCCAGAGUCAGUUAACCUAGUUGAUAUUGAAAAGGCCACCGAAUAUCUAUUGAAUAGAACCCAAAAUUCUUUAUUUGGUGGGUUUGGAAGAGAUCCAGAGGCAACACCAGAUCCUUUACAUAGUUACUUGGCGUUGGCUAGUUUAUCUAUUUGGAACCAUAAGAAAUAUGAUUUACAAGAAGUUGACCCCGUGUUGGUAAUAACCAAAGAACUGUAUAGAUUUUUCAAAGAAGAAAUAGAUUACUAA